GAUAGGCUAUAAAUAAUAGGGAGGGUGUAAGAGAGAAGAAGCAAUAUUAUUGAGAAAGGAGACAUGGGGGGAGCAUCAAUGAAGUCUCUUCUUAUGUUGCUGCUUUCAUCUUCCUUCUUCUUCUCUUUGGUAGUUGCAAGAAAUCAGCAUGCUUUAGAAGAAGCCAUACCCAACCAUUAUCAUAACCUUCAAACAACCUCCUUCCUACCAUCAUCCAUUUGUACCCUCUCCACUAAAGGUGACAGGAAAAGGGGAACAUUGGAAGUGGUUCAUAAACAUGGACCAUGUUCUACUUUUAGCAAAGACAUGGUUAAGCCCUUGGCCGUGGAAGAUAUCUUGAGCCAUGAUCAAGACAGAGUUGAGUCCAUCAGGUCUAGGUUAACCAUCACCACAGAUGGCAAAAGAGACAUACGAGGAUCCAAGGCCACUCUCCCUGCCAAAUCUGGAAGCACCAUCGGUUCAGGUAACUACAUAGUCACGGUCGGGUUAGGCACCCCAAAGAAAGACCUUUCGCUUAUUUUCGACACGGGUAGUGAUCUAACGUGGACCCAGUGCCAACCAUGUGCCAGAUCCUGCUAUGCCCAGCAAGAAACCAUAUUCGCACCCUCUUCCUCCACCACCUACUCCAACAUCUCUUGCAGCGCAAGCGAGUGCUCCGGACUCACUUCCGCCACCGGAAACAAGCCGGGUUGCUCCGCAUCUUCUUCAGCAUGCAUCUAUGGCAUUCAAUAUGGCGACCAAUCUUUCUCAGUAGGGUUCUUUGCAAAAGAUAAACUUACACUCACAUCCAAAGAUGUAAUCAAUGAUUUCUAUUUCGGGUGUGGCCAAAACAACCAAGGACUCUUUGGAGGUGCCGCUGGCCUGCUAGGGCUCGGUCGUGAUAAGCUCUCAAUUGUAUCACAAUCCACUCGGGAAUAUGGAAAAGUCUUCUCCUACUGUCUGCCCUCACGGGCUAGCUAUACUGGUUACUUAACAUUUGGAAAAGACAGAGCUGCGAGCAACGCUAAGUACACGCCAUUCUCGUCCUCAAAAGGAAGCUCUUUCUAUGGUCUUGAACUUCAAGCUAUAUUCGUUGGUGGAAGCAAACUAGCAAUAAGUCCAACGGUUUUUUCGAGCUCAGGUAUGAUCAUAGACUCCGGAACCGUCAUCACAAGACUCCCACCUACGGCCUACUCGGCUCUAAGUAAGGCAUUUCGGUCGCAGAUGACGAAGUACACCUUGACUAAACCAUUAUCUAUACUUGAUACAUGCUAUGAUUUUAGCAAGACUACCACAGUUACAAUACCAGUUAUAAGCAUGCUUUGGGGUGGGAAUAUAAAGGUGGAUAUUGCAGCUCAAGGGACACUAUACGCAAAUGGGAUCGAUCAAGUGUGCUUAGCUUUUGCAGGGAACGGAGAUGAUUCUGAUAUUGGUAUUUUCGGAAAUGUUCAACAAAAGACACUGGGGGUUGUGUAUGAUCUUCCUGCAGGAAAAGUGGGAUUUGCCCCUGGAGGAUGUGCAUGAACACAAAUAAAGACUAAAAAAAUACAACUAUACAUGGUUAUAAAGGAUUUAAAGAUCAAAAUUUAGCGAAAAGAUGGUUGGAAUAAGGUAUUGAUGGAGGUUUUGUUGAUUACCACUGCUUGAUAUUGGAAUUUAUGCAACUAAAUGUACACUGAUUGCUUUCGAUUUCUAUGCUUGAUAAAUAGUUGUCAAACCCUCUCACUUGUAUUUGAUUCAUAGAGAAAACAAUGCAAGUCAAGAAAACUGUAUCCCCAAAUCACCAUUGUAUCACUGAAUCAAAUUGUAUAGUAUGAUUGAUUCACUAUAUGUUCCCUGUAGUUCUUAUCUUGUGUACAUUGUUUUCUGGAUUUGUAUCCAUUUCAAGAUUUAAACUUUCUAC